AUGCUUUGCGCGGGCCAAGAUGGAAGAAGCCAGCUGCAGAAGGAGAACAAUGUUUGGGCUGUUGAUAUAAAAACGGAUCGGCUGAGGGUGAACUAAGCGGGCCUCAGCAGCGGGUCAUGGUCCUGCACCGGAUGAUUUUUGUCCCAUAGUCUUCCUGCCCACCCACCUUCAGCAUGAACAUCAUUCAAGAUAAACUAGGGAAUGAAUUUCUGCGCUCCAACGGGAGCAUGGACUCCAACUUUGGAGCAGGCAUGAUAAUGUUCAGCCAUCUCCCUCCAGUGACCAGCUUCACCCGGCUGUCGGCCCAAUCCGUCAUGCAGGAACUUCCACCACAAGAUCUGAUCCUGAAGGAGGAGCGGGUCUCUCCUGACUGCAGCAUGGGUACCCAGGGAGGCCACCUAGGAGGUGCUGUGGUAGGAGACUAUGUUCACACCAUGGGCAUCAAGCAGGAAAAGCAGUCAGAGCACGAUUAUCGCCUGCCGCUCUACCCUGGAGGUCUGGGGAAAAGCGGGGAGAUGAUGGAGGUGACUGUUGGUAACAACCAGAAGCUGCUGGUCUGUGACCUCGACGUUGGCAAUCUGUCAAAUCAGUUGGAAAAAGAGGCCACUGGGAGGAAAGGUCGGAGGUCAAACAGUGAUGGACAUGAGGGUAAACCUAGAAAGAAGAGAAGUGAGGCAAAGCAUUCAGUGAUGGAUGCAGACGGAGGCGGUCUGUCUCCAGGAACAAAGCCUCACAUCUGUGAACACUGCAGUGCGUCCUUCAGAAGCUCCUAUCACCUGCGCAGACAUGUCCUCAUUCAUACAGGUGAAAGACCCUUCAGAUGCAGUCAGUGCAACAUGAGUUUCAUUCAGAAGUAUCUUCUCCAGCGGCACGAGAAAAUCCACAGUGGAGAGAAGCCAUUCAGCUGUGACCAGUGCAACAUGCGAUUCAUUCAGAAAUACCACAUGGAGAGACACAAGAGAACGCACAGCGGAGAAAAGCCAUACAGAUGUGAGACCUGCCAGCAGUAUUUUUCUAGGACAGAUCGACUUCUUAAGCACAAGAGAACCUGUGGAGAAGCCAUUAAAAAAGGACUGGAUCCUGGGAUGAUGGAUCUGGGUUUUGUGGACAUGGGACAGGGCAGCUAUGGAUUUACUCAGGGAAAUGUUGGGAGCACCGGCAGGAAGAAAGGAAAGUCAAAAGGUUCUGCAGUGGGAGGGGAGCGCAAGAAGAAGAAGGGAGAUGGAGCAGGUGUGAGGGAGUUGCACAUGCACAGAGCUGUAUCUGGAGGAUACAGCAUCUACAAAUACUCUGUGGAGAGUCCCACUGUGUCUUCCUCUACUGAGCCUGGACCCAGCAUGCAGCAGGGACACCAGGGUCAAGGUCCCAGGAUGGCCUUCAAGAAAGCCAAUCGGAAGAGUCUGAAUAAAGCCGGUCUGGGCCAUGUUAAAGUUGGAUUUUUGGAGCAAGAAGGCCUCGGCCUGAUGCAGAGCAACGAGGCUAAAGUAGAAUCCACCAACAGUAACUAUGAUGACGCCAUGCAGUUUGUGAAGAAGCGACGCUACCUUCAAGCAGCGAACAAUGCAACGUCCUCCGGGGCCACACUGCCAGGAGGAGCCUGUAGUGAGUAUGAUGUCAGUGUCCAUUUGUCCACGCAGCCGUCUUCUCUUCAGGGUGGGAUUUCAGGUGUAAUGGACAAUGACAUUCCUCUGAACUUGGAAAAGUCAGGGAUCACCGAUGAGGUGCUGCAGAGCCUCCUUGACCACUACACCCAGAAACCCGACAUUCACUUCGACAUCAGUGACCAACAUGUGGAGCUGAGCCCUCCCUCAGCGGAUGGUUCUGACGCCAACGACCCCAGCUCUUCUGGAGACAAGCCUUCAGUAAUGCAGGAAUACUCCCGCUUCCUGCUGCAGGCUUUGGAGCGUACCAGCCUCAGUGCCAGUUUCCCCCUGGGCCCUGGACUUCCUCCUCAUUCCUCCGGACCCUUCACCAGUUCCCACACAGGAAAUCCCCUGUAUGCUGACAAGAACAUCUACAGCGCAUCUCAUCUGGAGUGUGGCUUCGGCCAGCCUGUAGCUUCCCCUUCGUUGCCCUCAUCCAUGCCAAAGUCUCACUUUGCAAUGCUGAACUGCUCGUCCCCGCAGCACAGCUUCAACCUGAGUGCCCAGGAGGCCUCCUCACACCAGCAGCUCACCCCUUCUCAGGAGCUCACCGAGCAGAUGGAGAAGCAGCACUCCUCCACCCCUCGCUCAUCCUACCAGAUCAGCCCAUCCGACCUGAGAGACCAGAAGGACCGGUCGACGGUCAAGAACGACUCUGCUACGGCCUACCCUCUGGUACCUUCGCAGGAUCUGGCCUCUUUGGACUCCUCUAAGCCUUCCUACCAGAUAGAAAACUUUGCCCAGGCCUUUUGCUCCCAAUUUAAACCUGAUGUACAUGGUUUGUCUUACAGCACUGACUCCAGUGGGGAGGUGGAUCACAGGAUAAGGACGCCUGUGUCAGAUUUCUCAGGGUAUAGUUUGUUAUCUGAUGUCAGUGAGCCAGUAAGUACAGGUUCCAAAACACCAACAAGCCAAAGCUACAGAUGAAACCUGGGAGAACGUUGUUUAAUGGUUGUUCUUGUUUUAACUAUCCUGCUCUGCUCCAAUUUUAUUAAUCUUAUUUUUUGUGACAUCUAUAUUUUAUUUACACUGAUGCUCUGUCUUUAUGCCUAUUCCUCUCCAUGCAAUAAGCCUGCAAGGCAUCCUUCAAAUGCAACUUGUUUGAAAGCAUCUGAUCUGCUGAGUAUAUGAUUUACCGUUAACUGGUGUCAUAGCAGUGCCAGUAGGUCUGCUCUUAAUUUAUAAAUUCAAUGAACUUUUCAAGCAACAUUUAGCAAAAGCGGUAAAUUUCACAUCCGAUGAGCUCAUUCAACUCAUUCAUGUGUUUUUAAAAUAAGAAAUUAUGGCAGGGAAACGCCCAGAACUGAAGUGGCAAAAAGGAAAAAAAAUGAAUUAAGUUGUCAAAGGUAUUACUCAGGAAAAUGUGGGAAACGAGCAGCUCUCAGAGGACGGGGAGCUCACCUUUUCAGAAGUGUUUGCGAUUUAAAAAAAAAUUAUUAUUUUUUUUUUUUCUUUUUGAAUGAGUGUGACAUAAAACGUCUGCUGCCACCUCACUUGAACACUGAAAACACUUUUUACUUGGCUGUAUAGAGAUUAUGGUACUUUAUGUCAAUGUGAAACUCCUGUUUUCUUCAACAAGGGCCAUACACAUGGAUAUCUAUAUAUAUUUAUAAGAAUAUAUAUAUAUAAUAUGUAAAAUAAGUGUUGUAGGGUUCUGGCAUUUGAAGUAGAAGGAAGAAUAAGAGCUGGUUAUUGAGCUAAAUAGUCCUUGUUAUAUUUUUGGGCACGUCUUCUUCAGCCAAUAGAUGUCGCUGUGGGACAGCAGUAGGAUGGCCUUUUUUCCCCCCCGUUUUACUGUUCUCGUCUUUUUCCUCUUAUUUAUCUAAAUGUGUGUGUGAUUAGCACUUUGAGCUGCUUUCUCACAUUGUUUAAAGUACCCGACCAGAUUUAGCUCCAACACGAGGAGUUACUCGAGGCUUUGGAAGUUGCUGUUGGGGCGUACGUAUGCAGAGAGAGCGGAUAGCGUUGAGCUAAUUGUGGGGUGGGAAGGCUUUUUGUUUCGGAUGAAGGAUGUGGGGAGUUGAUGGGUUGAAAAUUUUUUUUCUUAUCUGGGAGGAUUUAGCUUAGGCUUUUGGGUGGGCUUAUUAAAGUAAUGUAAUAUUUAAUCGGGAUAAUGUAAACGUAACUACAACCCCUAGUUUUAGUUGCCUUGAUACAAACCCUAGUGACUUUCACAGAGUUUAUUAACUAUGAAGAUAAAAUAUGUUUAUGACCUAAUGUUUCUGCAGCCAUGUGCGGAAUUUUUUAUUUUAGAUACUUACAAGCAUUAUUAUUCCUUUAGUAACUGGCUGCAUAUUCCCUUAAAGAGCAGGUGCAAGAAAUAUGCCGAGAAAUAUAUGUAGUUUCUUGCUGACAUUUUGAAAUGCCCACUUUUUUGUAUGGAAAACAACAAUUGUGGAGACUUUCAUAAGAAUAGCUGACCUUGAGUGCUGGAAAUGAUAUCUCUCUGCUGCUCUGAAUGAGUCUUUGAGCCCAUUUGUGCCCCAAUAAUACAGUUCUGGUCAGUUUACAUACACAAAGUUUUGGCAGGAUUUUCCUAUUAAUUUUUGGCUUUCGGUGAUUUGUUUAGUCAUUCCUUUUUCCGAGUCUGACCGAUAUCUCUGCUUAGAACCUCAUAUUCCUUAGCAAGACGCAGAGAAACCCUGUGGUUUUUGCAGUCAUCAGCAAGCUUCAGGGAUUAUUCUGACUGGAUACUUGACCACUCUUCUUAUCAGUAAUGUUUGAGGUUAGUUAAAUUUGUCCCCUUUUUCAUUGGCUCUACUUUAGCCGGCUCCAUUCCACUCACCCUGUUUUGCGACUGUUUUCAUUACUGGCUUUUCUGACCCACUGCUGACUUUUCUUUUAUCAGCAGGUCCCAUUGGGGCUGAGCAGGGCUGAAAUGUGAUGUGAACAGACUGCUGUUCACUGAUUGGCCAUGGGUUUGCUCAGCUGAGGUAGGAGAGACAGACAAGCCACUGGGUUUACAUCACAUUGCCUGGAACAAAAGCUCUGGCGAUUGUUUGAAAUCACUGUUAAGAGGACAAGGUGUACGACAGUGUUUAUUUAAAUUUGGAUGUUUGUACUUGAAACUGAUCACCUGUUCGGUAGGCUCACACCGAACCAUAAGACAGCCAGGCUCAAUAGCGGCACAACUCUUAACAUCAGAUAGUCAAUGGAAACACUACAGCUGUGAAGUAGAGUGAGACCGAGGGCCGUGUGGCACCAGAACCCUUGGUGUCCUAGUACAGACCCGGUUUUAAGCAUAGUCCAUGCGUUUUCUGCAGGGUUAAAGUGGGGGAAUUUCCAGAAGCUUAAUUUUAGUUUUCUUUUAUCCAUUUCCAAAUCAGCUUUUAUCUGUCUUUAAGAUUCUUGUCUUUUUAGGACGGAUGUGUCCAAAGCGCACCUAAACUUUCACCCUUUAUAUGAAAGGAUAUUGGUAAGGAUGUUCAGGAACAACCCAGUAACCACAAAAGCUUAAGCUAGUAAUAAACUGAAAACUGCUUGAACACCAGUGUCGCUGUCCAUAGUUAAAGCCAGUCACCAUGAACUGACCAAGAAGUAGCACCUGGUUUAAAAUAAACAGCUCCAAGCUCAAAACAAAUGUA